UGCCUCAACAUGUGUGGCGGAUAAAUUUGGAUACUUCAGAGGAAGCUCAUCAGAAUCUCUCUUUUGGUGCUGCGGAUCGCUGGUGGGAGCAAACGGAUCUGACCAAGCUGAUACUCGCUUCAAACAAACUGCAGUGUCUUUCAGAGGAUGUCCAACUUCUGCCUGCGCUCACUGUCCUGGAUGUGCAUGAUAAUCAGCUGACAUCACUUCCUUCUGCUUUAGGACAACUGGAAAAUCUUCAGAAACUUGAUGUCAGCCACAACAAACUGAAGAAUAUCCCAGAAGAGCUGAUGCAGUUGUCACAUUUGAGGAGCCUUCUUUUUCAUCACAACGAGCUGAGUCACUUGCCAGAUGGAUUUGGACAGCUUGUCAAUUUAGAAGAAUUAGAUCUGUCCAACAACCACCUCACACACAUUCCAACAAGUUUUGCUUUGCUCGUUAACUUGGUGCGACUCAAUUUGUCUUGUAAUCAGCUCAAGGACCUGCCUGCAGAUAUCUGUGCAAUGAAAAGCUUAAGACAGCUGGAUUGUUCUAAAAACUACCUGGAAAGUGUACCUUCUAAAUUAGUGACUAUGGCAUCUUUGGAACAACUUUAUCUGAGGAAAAAUAAGUUACGUUUCUUGCCAGAAUUUCCUUCAUGCAAAUUAUUGAAGGAAUUGCAUGCUGGUGAAAAUCAGAUUGAAAUAUUAAAUGUGGAGAAUCUGAAGCAUCUGAAUUCGCUCUCUGUAUUGGAACUUAGAGACAACAAGAUAAAAUCAGUUCCUGAUGAAAUUACUUUGCUUCAGAAGUUGGAGCGCCUUGACCUUGCCAACAAUGAUAUCAGUAGAUUGCCUUACUCACUGGGCAACCUUCCUCUGUUGAAAUUUCUGGCUCUGGAGGGAAAUCCUUUGAGAGCAAUUCGAAGAGACCUUCUGCAGAAAGGCACCCAGGAACUUCUGAAAUACCUAAGAAGCAAAAUCCAAGAUGAUGUGACAAGCCCGAAUGGAGACCCUCCUGCGACAGCCAUGACCCUUCCAAGUGAGUCAAGGGUUAACAUGCACGCCAUAACUUCACUGAAAUUAUUGGAAUAUAGUGAGAAACAGGCUGCUGUGGUUCCUGAUGAAAUGUUUGAUGCAGUCAGAAGCCAUCCCGUCACCACUGUCAACUUCAGCAAGAAUCAGCUGAGUGAGAUCCCGCCAAGGAUUGUGGAGCUGAAAGACUCGGUUUGUGAUGUCAGCCUUGGCUUCAAUAAAAUCUCAUCCGUUUCCUUGGAGCUUUGCAUGCUCCAUAAAUUGACACAUUUGGAUAUCAGAAAUAAUUUUUUGACAUCUUUACCUGAGGAAAUGGAGGCACUGACAAGACUGCAAGUAAUAAAUCUGUCUUUUAACAGAUUGAAAGUAUUUCCCAGUGUCCUUUAUCGCAUCCUAGCACUGGAGACCAUCCUGCUCGGCAACAAUCAGGUGGGGGCCAUAGACCCUCUGCAGCUGAAGAAGAUGGACAGGCUUGGGACACUGGACCUGCAGAACAACGACCUCCUCCAGGUGCCACCAGAGCUUGGGAACUGUGAAACUCUGAGGACUCUCCUGUUAGAGGGAAACCCAUUUCGCACGCCCCGCGCAGCUGUUUUGGCCAAAGGAACAGCUGCAGUGCUGGAGUACCUGAGAAGCCGAAUUCCUGCGUGA